UUCUCUGGCUGUAUUUACGAUUGCUGAGCAGAGCUAUGGAUAAAGCAAACUUGCCAGUGCCUGAGCAGCACGGGUGUCUGCGGCCUGAGGACUGCGCGGUAUUCAUGUGCAGAAACUGUUACUCGGUGCUAGGAGAUUCCCUCAGCGUGUGCACGGAAGAGCAGAGUCUUGGCGUUCUAGCCUGCCUGAGAGUUACAGAUGAUGUGAAUGUAGGAGAAUCUUUACUCUUUGGAAAGGAUGGUGUACUGAAAGGGUGUGCCUAUCAUCCACUGCAGUGCCGUACAUGUGGGAGCAGCAUUGGUUUCAACAUGUAUUCUGCAUUUCGGACCUACGCUUACCUUCGGGGCUUGUUCUGCAUCUUCAAAGACAGUGUUUCUUGCUAUCUUUUAAAAUCGAAAAUGAUGACAUCAGGACAUGAAUUACGGUUUGAGCUCUCAAGCCUGCAAGGACACAUAAAACAACUUAAAGAAGAUUUGGUGAAGAUGCACAGUCGAUUGCAGUACUUACUGGUUCAGUUGGAGCAACCCACAGACGUCUUGCUUACAAACCAUGGCAUGAACUCUAAAUAAUACCCUGAACUCUCUCUGGGGCAUAUUUUACCCUGAGGCAUAUUAACUAAACUGAUGCAAUCCAUUUUUCUAAAAAUGAUGUAUUGGGCAAUUGUAUUUUACUUUUUAAUUUGUCAAGUCUUUUUCUGCUGGUGGUAAUUCAGUUCCUCGGGUCUGACCUAUAUUAGUCGUCGGCUGCUGUGGCACCCUUGGUUUAGGAAGCACAUGUAUGCAUGUCUAUGGAUGUAUAUGAGGGUAUGUAUAUAAACACAUAUAUAUUCCUAAGAAUUCUUAAAGUAAAUAGAUAUUACCUUAUUAGUCAUUUUGAAUAAUAGCUGCUUUUAGGGUAUAAAAAAAGCUGAUUUUUAAAGUAUCCCAGUCUGAUGCAAUCACUCAUUUCAAUAAAAAUCCAGUGCUAUGUAAUAUAAA